AUGUCGGAGAAGACGGGCGCAGACAAGCGGCCUGAGAGCCCGACGACGGCACGCGAGCUCGACUGGGACGACGACAACGACGUCAGCACGGCCACGUCGCCCAAGCACGCGGCGCGCCCCAGCGAAGAGGCGACAGAGGUGCCGCCGCCGAAGCCCCCGCGGCCCAUGUCGCCCAUGCAGCAGGCCGAGAAGACGCUGAUCGAGGCGUUCCCGGACAUGGACACGAAGCUGGUCAAGGCGGUGCUGGUCGCGAGCAACGGCAAGGUCGAGCCGGCCUUCAACGCGCUGCUGAGCAUGUCGGACCCCAACUUCACGAGCGACGAGGCGCCGCCCCCGCAGCCGCCGCGGCCGCAGCCCCGCGCGCAGCUGCAGCAGGACGAGCAGUACGCCCGCCAGCUGGCCGAGCACUACAGCGUCCAGGGCAGCCAGGGCCGGCCGGGCGCGGGCCAGAGCAGGCCGGCGCCGAGCAGAGCGGCGCCCGGCCAGGCCAGCGACCGCGAGCACAGCUUCUUCGACGACGACCUGCCCGAGAUCCGCAAGACGAUCGAGCAGGGCUUCAAGGAGACGCAGCAGACGCUCAGCAGCCUGUGGAACACGGGCCUCACCUCGAUCCGCAAGAAGCUCGACAACGAGGCCGACGAGUACGACCAGUACGGCAACCCGACCUCGUACCCGACCGACAACGCCCGCCCGCCGCGCCAGCCGUCGCAGCACCCGCGCCAGAACUUUGGCCCCUCGCAGGCCGACCAGCUGUACGGCAUCCGCAAGUCGGCCGAGCAGCGCCGCUCCCAGGACCACGCCCGCUACGACGCCGACAACCGCGUGCUUGGCGACGACUUUGCCCAGCUCGAGCUGCGCGACAACGACGGUGCGCCUGCCGUCUCACACACUGGCAGCUACGACAUGCUGACAACACCACCAGGCACCGGCCCGCGCUCGAGCCGCCCUCACGCGAACCCCGACCUCUUCAAGCCCACGCCCGUCGCCCCUCCCCAGAGCGGGCCCGUCGAUGAGGUCGACGCCCUCUACCGCAACCCCUCGCCCAGCAACCAGCCCGGCAGCCAGGCAAAGUCCAGCGGCAAGAAGUGGCAGCCCUUGACCUCCAUCGCGCCCCACCCCGAGCCCCACGACCACGACCCCUUCAGCCUCGGCGACAGUGACGACGACGAGGCCAAGACCAAGGACAUCAACCCCGAGGAUAGCGAGAGGCUGAAGAAGGCAGCCCAGACCAAGGAGACACCGUCUGUGGAGUUGAAGGCCGCCACGCGAAGUGGGAGUGUUGGCCAGAAGGAUGCCGCAGCUGAGGCCCUGCUUCGGGAUGCAAAAUAG